AUGACUGUAACGUACUCUCGCAGGGUUGCUGAUGCAGGUCUGGGGACCUUCUUUCACCUGCUUCUGCGUUGGAAGGGCAGCAUUUAUAAACUGCUCUAUCGAGAGCUCAUCAUCUUCACUCUUCUCUACUACUUCUUCAGUAUUGUUUAUAGGUUUGUGUUAAACGAUGACCAGAAGAGGCUGUUCGAGAAGCUGGCGAUAUACUGUGACCGCUAUGCAGAGCUCAUCCCAGUGUCUUUUGUGCUAGGUUUCUACGUCACCUUGGUUGUGUCCCGUUGGUGGGGCCAGUUUGAGAACGUCCCCUGGCCGGACCGCUUGGCGGCGUUAGUGGGUGGUCAUGUUCGGGGAGCCGACGAGGCCUCCAGGCUGACCCGGCGAACUCUGAUGCGAUACGCCAACCUCUCUGGUGUGCUCAUCUACCGCUCUGUCAGCACGGCCGUCUACAAGCGGUUUCCCACCAUGAAGCAUGUGGUGCAGGCAGGUUUGAUGACGUCAGAUGAGCUGAGGUACCUGGAGGACUUGCGCUCUCCUCACAACAAGUUCUGGGUUCCCUGCAUGUGGUUCGUCAGCCUGGCUCUGAGGGCUCGGACCGAGGGCCGCAUCAACAACGACGUGGCUCUCACCGCCAUUCUCUCUGAGUUGAACAGUUUACGGGCAAAGUGUAUGAAGCUGUAUGGUUACGACUGGAUCAGCCUGCCGCUUGUCUACACUCAGGUGGCGACCGUGGCGGUCUACAGCUUCUUCCUGGCUUGUCUGAUUGGCCGUCAGUUCUUGGAUCCAGCUCAAGGUUACUCUGGUCACGAUCUGGACUUCUACCUGCCGGUUUUCACCCUGCUGCAGUUUUUCUUCUAUGUUGGUUGGCUGAAGGUGGCUGAGCAACUCAUAAAUCCUUUUGGUGAAGAUGAUGACGACUUUGAAACCAACUGGCUCGUCGAUCGCAAUUUACAGGUGUCCUUGUUGUCUGUGGAUGAGAUGUACGACAGCCUGCCGCUGGUUGAGAGGGAUAUGUACUGGAAUGAGUGUGAACCUCAGCCUCCCUACACUGCUGCCAGUGCUGAACACCGCAAACCCUCCUUCAUGGGCUCAGCACUGGACAUCAGUGUUCCCAAGGAGGAGAUGGAGUUUCAGUCCAAUCUGGAGCAAAUCAAAGAACACGAGGAAGCCAACUACUCCACCCCGCUGCUCGGAGGGCUGGGCCGUCUCCUCGGUGUCCAUUCCCCUAACUUUCCUCGCUCCUCCCGGGUCUCUCUGCUGCGCCGCCGCCCUGGAGCUCCACUAAGCCGCUUCCCUCUUUACCUGUACCCAGAGACUCCGUCAACUCCAAGUCAAAGCCGCCAGCCUCUGAACCAUGAGCGAGAUCCAGACUAUGCCUUCUCCACCAUGCCCUUGUAUGAGAGGCCGGGUUUCUACAGCUGCCCACAAACACCCAUCCACUGUGGGCCCCCUGCGGUGCCUCGCCCUCGACCUGCCCGGCGAACUCCGAACGAGUGGGACCACAGCUGCAGCUCGCUGGCCCCUCAGAUGGUGGGCUCACAGCUGCUGCUUCCUGACACCCCCAACCACGUCCCCCUACCUCCGUCCUCUGCUUUCCCUUGGCUGAGUGAGGAUGGCGAGGUCCCAAGUGCCCCAAUGUUCUCGUUCCCAGACCCUCCACCUGAACUCUGCCCAAUAUCUAAACUCAGACCUGGACACGGCCUGCUGUCUCGCCGCCCUCCACCUCCCCGCCUCACUCUGGACCCCCUCUCCUCAGCUGACAGCCAGCCCGGGCCCCCAAGUGCUCGUACUGCAGGAAGCGGAGGAGAAAGGGUGUUCUCGUUCACUCCUCCUUCUCGAACCGCAGCUACAAAUCCCAUCACUCCCAACAGCAGCUCGAGCAGCAUUAAUGCAACAAGCACCAAUGGCACUGGCAUGGCGGCAAGUCUCUGCAACGGGACAAGUCACACUAAUUUUAGUAACCAUGGGAACUUCAGCACCAAUGGCGGGCUGAGCAACAACAUGAACACAGUUUCCGCUUCAGUGCCAUCGCAGCAAGAAGCCAAUCAGCAACACUCACCCAAUGAUUCAGGAAUCUCAUUGGCUGAAGGGCACUUGCUGGGCGUUUUGGUGGACGGUGGCGUGAAGAAGGAGCAGGACUGA